AUCGACAAAGUGGGUCGUGGUGUUCAACUUGUUGGGGUUCGAAAAAGUAGGUUGCCGUGGGAGGUCAAUGGCCGAUUCACCAUGCACCGAUAUUGAUAAUGUAUGUAAUGGUCAAACGUUUGGCAGGUACAUGAUAUUUCUUUGUUGCCAAUUAAUAUGCAUUGUGCAUACAAUGCUGCUAGAUAUAUAACAUUUUUAUUUAUAUAUCACCUGGAAAAUCAGUCAUAAAAAACGUUUAAUUGAUAAUGCAUCAGCAAUGAAAGACUUCUCAAUCGCCGAUAAGCGUAUUAUUAUGGCAAACAAGAUCAUUAUUGGCAGCAUUGUGGCUUUACUAGCAUCUCCCUUGGUGUACGUGGAGGCCGAAUACACCUAUUGCGAAGAGGCAUUCGUGCCGUGUCCCCGGGCCGCCGGCUUCCAGUUUUUCAACCGAACCUGUUACGGCGUCAUUCGCGACUCCCUGGCGUUUGGCACCAACGAUUCCAACUUCAAGUGCGAGUCGGGCAUGCAUCUGAGCUUCACCGACCCGUCAAUGGACAGCCAGUACCUGAAGUCGGAGCAACUGAAGACCAUGGACCUGCGCAUUACCCCGGCCCGGGUUGCGAGUCUUAGCACACUGAGUGUGCUGAGUAAGCUGCGCCGUCAAGUGGUUUCAGAGCUCACAGAGAACACGCUGGUAGAUCUGGCCUGCAGAGAAGACUGCAGGUCUCCGGCCAGCUGGACGCCUGCCGGCAGUGCAGCCUACUCAACUAUGCGCAGCUGUGCCACCAUGGCAGCCUGCAACUGGCAGAGCGGGUCACGCACCGUCUGGGCACAGCCACCCGGCUCACCAACGGCAAUCGAGCUCACGUCCGACGUUCCGGUGAAGUUAGCGCCCCGCAACGGCUCUCAUGUACACAUCCACAAGGACGCUGACGAUGACUACGUUGAGCUCGACGAGCAUGAUGACGUCGACGGCGACUUGGAGCCGCUCACGAACCGGCGGGCAGUGCUGGCGGGACACGGGGCGCUGAAAGAUGAGCCCGAGUCGAUCAGUCUGCACAGUGUGGCGUGUGAGCUUCCCUUCAGUACUACGGACGAUGAAAUUCAGAUGUUGAUACCGCUCGGUUUUGCCGUCGACGCCGACAUGGUGCUGUACCUUCAGCUGGUGCAAGACCUGUCCAUCGAGUCUGUGAACGGUAGUCGCACGGCCGUCCGAGUGACCUGGAAGCCGCCCCACUGCCGCGCGGCAGAGUUCUACGUCAGUGAGCACAUUGACGGCGAGAAGGGGACACCGAUCAGGACACAGGUGCAGGCUGAGGACGUCUGUGACCAGGCGACCGAGAUCUGCCAGAUGGAGCUGAAUUUGCCGCCGUGCUCGCUGGUGUAUAUCCAAGUGGGCGCCAUACUGAAGGGAGAAGACGCUGCUCCUGAUGUCGUCCAAUGGCAGACGCCGGCUCCGGAAGAUCCCUCUCCACCCGACUCCUUCUUCAUCUCUGAGGUCAGCGGUUCGGUGGUGACACUAACCUGGGAGAGAAAAAACACCACCGAGCUCGGCCCCUGUCAGCCCUAUCACGUGAUCACCAUCAGAGGUCACGGAAAGGUCACCCUGAAGCCCGGGGUCAGCGAGCUCAAGGCCGAUCUGGAAAGUUACUGCCAGCAUUUUGACGCAUCAGUGAGGGCGACUCUGCUGGGACGCACUAGCAAUGCUCGUGGGUCUCUUCACGGCGUUACUGGCCCCACAGCCCCGGACGCCGUUCUCGUCCUAGACACGGCCCCCACCUGGGUCAUCCUGGAGUGGAGCCACGCGGCCGGAGAGUCCAGUCCGUGCGUCCAGGCCAAGUAUCGGGUCACCUGUCAGGCGCGGGCGACCGCGAGCGUGCCGGCUGUGUCUGUGACGUCACCUGACAGAGCCCUGAACGUCACUGGACUGAUCCCGGGGGUCGGCUACCGGUGCGGAGUGUGUGCUCUGGCCAGUCUGAUGGACACGGCACCUGCAGACACAGCUCUGAUAAAGCCACCCUGUGGAGACAUCCGUUUUGUCAACCUGACAACGAACGAGACAGCACCUGGAAAGCCACACGGCUUGAAUGUCACUCACACGGGUCAUACCAGCCUGACGCUGGAGUGGCACCGGCCACAGCAGCCCAACGGAGUCAUUAUCAGAUACAACAUCUCGGUCACAUGCGAGCCUCGCACGUUUCCGCUCUGCACUUCGGACCCUCUGUGUGUCGACCGUUGGUUCGAGCUACCUCUGGAGGGUAAAGACAUCGACCACGUGACCUUCACGGUGGCAGGCCUGCAGGCAGCGCGACGGUACCACGUGACUGUGGCGGCCGCCACGGCCGUGGGCCAGGGACCGUUCUGUCGGCCCGUCUUAGCCGACACUCGAGUGGGAGUGCCGCCGCCGCCAAGUCACGUGACUGUGACGCCACAAGUGAAGAGGAUACCCGGGUAUGCUGAACAGACUUCGGUGAGCGUAUCCCUCCGCCCACCGUGUCCCUAUCCAGGCAUGCACGACUACCGUCUGCAGUUUGAGAGAGUCGACUUCUUGGCCGGCUACCAGUCGACUGUCCGGGCAGCCAUGCUCAAACCCGACGAGAUCCGUCAGCUCUAUUCAGGGAAGCGCAACAUCACCUUCUCUGUAUUUGACGGCAAGUGGACGCCCGGCUUCAACUACCGGGUCCGCAUCGUGGCGCACACCGACAUCGCUGAUGAAGAGGGGACGGCUCAGGCGUCCAGUGGUCCCGUCAACUUUACCAUGACCGUACCACGUGAGUUGCUGGAGUUGUGACGUGGUAUAGGCAUA